UGCGUGUGUGAAUACAUUUUUUCUGCAAAUUUUGUCAUUGUGAUCACAUUUUUGUGAUGCGUCGUAGAAUAAAUAAAGUGCAGUAAAGAAAUCGUGAUGGUGUUUGUGGCCAACGCGACGGAAAUUGCAAUACAAAUAACUAUGAAUUGAAACGAAAGUUGCAUAACACGUCGCUGUCGCGGUAGUGUCCCGCAGUCGCAAUUUCCAGAAAACCACACCACACACACGCGCGCGGACACGCACACGCACACAACAGCAGACAAGAGCAGCGCGGCGGAAAAGUGUAAAAAACUGUAGCCGCAACAGCUAAUCGCAGUCGAAUCGAAUGUGCAUUCCGCGUCUCACAUAGCCAAUGUGCUGUGGCAGCCGCAGCGAGUGCUCCCCGUUCCCUAUUCCGCCUCCCCGCCACCCACGCCAUCACCACCAGCACCAACACUAACGCACUCGCCUCGUACCACACAGCCGACAAAGAAAGAGCGCUCUGCUUCUUCGUACAGUUCCUACGACGGCAGCCAGCGCUUGAGUCAGCAUAGCAAGAGUGAGUGAGAGAGAGAGAGAAAGAGAGAAAGAGGAAGAGUAAUCAGAGGAGAAAUCCGGGAGCAAGCAGAAUCUGUGCGAUCCAACUGCGGGAGCGCGCAAUAAAGAGGCUUGCAUGUGAAACUAAACAAAGGAAGGGGCAAAGCAAUCAGCAACGGCAGCGGCGGCGGCGGCAAUGAGUCUCAUGGCCACGCCAAUGCCCCCGGGCAGCUCGGCGAGUGCAGGAUCAUCCGGCUCAGCCAGUGCAACGCCCGGAGCCAGCAGCAGUAACAGCGGCAGCAGUAACAACAAUCUGCCAUUCGAGAAGGACAAGAUCUGGUACUUCAGCAAUGAGCAGUUGACCAACUCGCCCAGUCGUCGAUGUGGCAUCAAAGGCGACGACGAGCUCCAGUACAGGCAGAUGACCGCCUACCUGAUACAGGAGAUGGGACAGCGGCUGCAGGUGUCCCAGCUGUGCAUCAAUACGGCCAUCGUGUAUAUGCAUCGAUUCUAUGCGUUCCAUUCAUUCACCCACUUCCAUCGCAACUCCAUGGCAUCGGCGAGCCUAUUUCUGGCAGCCAAGGUUGAGGAGCAGCCCCGCAAACUGGAGCAUGUGAUACGAGCCGCCAACAAGUGCCUGCCACCGACCACCGAGCAAAACUAUGCCGAUCUCGCCCAGGAGCUCGUCUUCAACGAGAACGUGCUGCUGCAGACGCUCGGCUUUGAUGUGGCCAUCGAUCACCCGCACACGCAUGUAGUGCGCACGUGCCAGCUGGUCAAAGCGUGCAAGGAUCUGGCGCAGACCUCCUACUUUCUGGCCUCAAACAGCCUGCACCUGACCUCGAUGUGCCUGCAAUAUCGACCCACUGUGGUGGCAUGUUUCUGCAUUUACUUGGCCUGCAAAUGGUCGCGAUGGGAGAUCCCGCAGUCGACCGAGGGCAAGCACUGGUUCUACUAUGUGGACAAGAGCGUGUCGCUGGACCUGCUCAAGCAGCUGACUGAAGAGUUUAUUGCCAUCUAUGAGAAGAGCCCCGCCCGCCUCAAGUCCAAGCUGAACUCGAUCAAGGCGAUCGCCCAGGGAGCCAGCAAUCGGACGGCAUCGAAGGACAACAAGCCCAAGGAAGACUGGAAGAUGAGCGAGAUGAUGAAGGGCUAUCAUUCGAACAUUGAGCCGCCGCCAGAGCUGGCCAUGAAUGGCAACGAAAGUCGCGAUCGGGACCGAGAUCGGGAAAGAGAGCGCGAACGGGAACGGGAAAGAGAGCGGGAGCAGUCGACGCUUUUGCCGCCGCCAGCAAUGGUGCCGCAGCAGAGGCGACCAGAUGGCAGCCAUCAGCGUUCAUCUUCCGCAAGCAAUGUCCCUCUCAGCUCCUCCUCAUCAUCAUCAUCGUCGUCCGCUAGCCACAACAAGUUGCCAAAUUACGCGGGUGGCCUGCCACCCGAUGGUCAUCCAGAUCACAAGUCGAAGCAGCAGGGCUACAACAACCGCUUGCCCUCCGGCCACCAACGAAGCAGUGGCAGCCUGGGCGCCACGGCAAGCGGGAGUAGUGGCAGCCAAAGGAAUAGCUCCAGCUCGUCGUCCAGCCAGCAGCAGCAACCCGGCCGUCCGCCCAUGCCCGUGGACUAUCACAAGUCGCGCGGUAUGCCGCCGGUCGGUGUGGGUAUUCCUCCACAUGGUGCACACAAAAUGACUUCGAGUGCGAAGCCCCAGUCGCAGCAGCCUCCGCCAACGCAUCCAUCUGCCUCCAACUCAUCUGCAGCGGGCCUUUCCUCAAAGGACAAGUCGCAAAGCAGCAAGAUGUACCCGAAUGGGCCGCCAUCCUAUAGUAACAGUGCCCCCCCCAAUCCCUUGAUGUCACGCGGAAGCGGAGGCGGUGGCUAUCCGGGCGGCAACAACGGGGCACAGCCCCAGCCCCCAGCUGGCUAUGGUAGCAGCCAUCGAAGCAGCAAAUCCGGCUCCACCGUCCACGGCAUGCCGCCAUUCGAGCAGCAGCUGCCCUAUCCCCAGAGCCAGGGCUACAGUCACAUGCAGCAGCCACAGCAACAGCAGCAGCAGCUUUCCUUGGAAGCGCCUCCCCAGGCCUCGUCGCAGGCCAAGAACAAUUCCCUGUUCAGUCCCGAAUGGAGCGAUAUCAAGAAGGACCCACAAAGCCAGCCCUUCAAUGGCCUCCUGCCGCCUCCGGCUCCACACGGCCACGACUUCAAGCUAAACAAUCAUCCGCGCGACAAGGACAGCCCCAAGAAGGAUCGCCUCACGCCCACCAAGAAGGACAAACAUCGUCCCGUGAUGCCCAUGUCCAGCAGCGGGUUACCCAAUGCGUCGUCCAAGAAUGUCGCCAUGAUGCCGCCCCACAAGAAGCCGCAGCUGCCGCACGGAGGGGAACUGCUGGCCAAUCCCAAUGAGAUUCGCGAUGUCGGCAAUCUGAAACGGGCCAACGAAAUCUCAGGCAGUCAGUACGGACUGAACAAGCUGGACGACCUGGACGGCAGCAGUCUGCCGCGCGAGAAGCUCCGCAAGCUGGACAACAGCAGCAGCCUGCCCGCAUAUCCCAGCUACGAGGAGAAACACACGCCCCUGAACAUGUCAAAUGGCAUCGAGACCACUCCGGAUCUGGUGCGCAGCCUGCUCAAGGAGAGUCUCUGUCCGUCGAAUGUGUCGCUGCUGAAGCCGGAUGCCCUCACCAUGCCAGGACUGAAGCCGCCAGCGGAACUGCUAGAGCCCAUGCCAUCGCCGGCGACCAUUAAAAAGGAGCCGCUGGUGGGCAGCUUGAGUGCCGUGUCCAAACUCAUAAUCCCCACUACCCCGAUGGAGGUGGACGCGCUCACUAAACUGGGCGGCGGCGACUUCAAGGAUGACAGCAGCAGCAAGUCGGAGAAGAAAAAGAAGAAGGACAAGCAUAAACAUAAGGAGAAGGACAAGUCCAAGGACAAGUCGGAUAAGGAGGAGCGCAAGAAGCACAAGAAGGACAAGCAGAAGGAUCGCAGUGGCAAGGACAGCUCGCUGGCCAACGACUCCCUCAAAAUGGUGAUCAAGACCAGCGCUCCGACGAAUCCCAACGGCGGCACAGCGGCUCCUCUUAAGCUUAAGAUUAGCAAGAACAAAGUGGAGCCGAGCAACUACUCUGCGGCUGCCGGAUUGGCGGUGGCCCCAGGCUAUGGCCUGCCGCAAGCGGUGGCCACGACAUCAGCUUCAUCCGCGGCGAGUUUGAAUUUAAUGACAGCGGCACUUGCUCCUGGAUUGCCUCCAUUUGCCAGCGGCUAUAGCACGGGCUCCUCGGGCGGCAGCAGUAGCAGCGGCAGCAACAAGAAGAAGCACAGCGAACGCGACCGGGACAAGGAGAGCAAAAAGAACAAGGGUCAGGGUCAGGAUUAUUCGAAAUACAAUGGAGCUGUCGGUGCAGGCAUGGGUGGUGGCGUUGGCGUUGGUGGCGGCGUAUUUGCGCCUCUCAGCGGUGCAGGCGCCGCACCCAACAUCUCCACGGCGAUGAGCCUGGCCUCGAGCAUGCCGAUGACCACCACCACAUCCUCCAUGCUGAUGACGUCCACGAAUGCUGUACUCCCAAUCGGCCUGCCACCGCCCGCGCUGCCAGUCUACGGCAAGAAGUAGCAUCAGGAGAUAGAGGAUGAGAAGAGGCAGGAACUGCCACAGGAUGAGGAUGAGGAAAAAGAGGAGAGGAGACACGAGGAGCUCCCAGUUUAUCCAUAAGUCGCACUUUUGAUAAUUGUAUAGAGACCCCGUAAGCUGAUGGUAGAUUUAGUCGUUAGAAUUGUUGGUGAGAUGCAGAUUCAGAUGCAUUAGUGGCCUAAGUUAUUAUUGAUUCAUUUUAGUUAAGCAAAACGUGAAAAACAAAAUCAUUAAACCACAAAAUUCACAAACCCCGAAGAUCGAAUUCGAAUCAAGUCGAAAACGAAGAUGAAGAAGACGAAAUCGGAGAUGCAAUUCGAAGAGACGCAAAACGGCUGAUCUGAUUCUGACCGAUUCUCCAGUUGGAGAAUAUUAAUCUAUAACUCAAAACUCAAUGAGCGAAAACUUUUGUACAGCAUUAAUUAAUUUAUAAUUAUACUACAUUACAUACAGUUACACACCCACACGCACACAGAAAACACCCACACACACACACCACACAUAAAGUAGUUGUAAACGAGUUGUUGACAUCGGAAUCGGACUUAGAAAUCCAAGAAUUGGAUAAAUAUUAAGAGGAAAAAAAACAUAGACAGACGUAAACAGAAAUAGACACCCAUCGUACAUAUAGAGAAGUACCUUCCCUAGCGAGGGUUUCUCCAUUAGUUGCAACCACAACACGGCCGUCUAGCAUUUAAGUUAGCAAAUCAAUACCACAGAAAACACACCCUAUCUGAUGUACAUAGCCACACCACACCACACCACACACACAAUUGAAUACACAAAACGAGAGAGAGACACUCAAAAGAUAUAUAUAUAGGACCGACUUCCGCUUAGCAAAUAUACAAUAUAUAGUACGGCCCCCCAACUAAUUACAGGCCGCUGCAGGAGGACUUUUGGAGAUUCAGAAUAAUCCACACCGAACAGAGUAGAAAUACUAGCAGAAGGAGGAGGAGAGAAUAGAGCAGAGAAGUGAAGUUAAGUGAAAAGAUAAAGCCAGCGCUUUGAUUCAAAAUUGAAGACGCCAAACUACAUAAUAAAUUAUUGAAUUAAAUCAUAAUUGCUACGCGUAAAAGUGGAUGAUGAUGCAAGUGAAUUCAAAUGCAGAGAGGUUAUUGUUUAGUUAGCAAAGUUUUUCUAUACCCAGCCAGCCCCGACCAAUUCCGAAUUCCAACUUUGUUUUCCAUAUAUGUACGCCCCAAAACCCCCAAUAGCAAUACUGACAGCAUUGUCUUUCAGUGCUUUUCAAUGAAUAGAAUUAAGCUUAACCAAUACCAAUACCAAUUUGAUCGUUUCGGCGGUGGAUAAUAUGUUUAAAAGGUCGCCCGAAACGUUGACGUAGCUUUCAUUUGUUUUUUUAAUUUAUUUUUAAAGCUAGCAUUACGUGGAAACAAAAACAACAACAAAAA